CCACAGGUGAUUUCAUAUUGGUUCUUUAUCCAGUAGUCCCCAGCAAUAGAAGUGCAGUUCAGGUGGCCAGAGCAUUUGAUCUAAUAACAUAGCAGCACGAAUCGCUCUUAGAAGCAUAUGAGAUUCCUGUGGGCGUUUUGGGAGCAGAAAGAAGGAAACAUUAACUUCAUUCUGCUGUAUUUUUGGAAGCGACUCGCGCGCAAAGGGUGGAGUGUUUCUGGUCCUGCGCUCUUUUCGGGUAUUUUGGUGCUGUCGCCUAUGAGUUUUUCACUUGAGAUAUUCUUCAGGAGAGCACCGUUGUUGGAUCUGCAGGUGUACGGACACAAUUCGACUUUUACUGAUUGCUGAUCAACUGCAUUGAUUUAGGGUUUGAGCAGGCAGUGGGUGGCGACCUCUGGUCACGUGAUGGCGCUGACAGUAAACCUGAUUGGUCCGACUCCAUGGGGCUUUAGAAUAUACGGAGGAAGAGACUUCAAGAAGGCGAUAACAGUUUCCAAGGUCAAUGGGGGCAGCAAGGCCGAGUUGGCCGCCCUGCAGCCUGGUGAUGUCAUCCUGGAGAUCAAUGGAGAGAACACAGUGGACAUGCUCAAUGUGGAGGCCCAGAACAAGAUCAAAAACUCCAAAACUCAGCUGCAGCUGCUGGUGGAGAGGCCUGAGCCCCCCAGCCCUGAACAGACCAACGGAACCACCACAGAACAGCUCACUGGACGCUUCCAGGAGGCGGUGCUGGUGAGUCGAGAUGAGAACCAGAACUACAGAGAGUACUCCAUCUCCAGCCCAGCCUCCCUGUCACCUGGACUCUACUCCCCAGAGGCCCCGUCCAGUCCUGAGGGGAAGAGAGAGAGGCUCACACCCACCGGCACCAAGAGCAUCCAGCUGCGUUCGUGGUCUACAGAAGAGAAGACAUCUAGUCACAGACUGUCCAGACCACUGUCACAGGAGUUCUCCUCUCCGGACUUCAGGAAUAACUCUGUGACCAGUCGAACCCCCACCCCUCCAGGACAUUACUCGCCCCACAGCCCUAUUGAUCGCGAGCUGUCUGUCUCCCCCAGACGCAGCAGUUCUGGCUCGGAUUUUGCCAUGCAGAGGUUUGACCGGGAUUCAGAGGUCUACAAGAUGAUCCAGGAGAACAAGGAGUCUCGCACGGCCCCUCGACAGUCCAACACCUUCCGCAUGCUGCAGGAGGUUUUGGAGUCUGAUGAGAAGGAGGCAGCUGUGCGGUUCCCAGGACUCUCCCCCAAACCCACCCCUCCCAAACCCACAUCACCCGGGGGCGGAAUCCCCAAGUACCACACCUGUGAGAAGUGUGGCACCAGCAUUGUUACACAGGCGGUGCGCAUCAUGGACGACCGCUUCCGCCACCCAGAGUGCUACACCUGUUCUACACCAGAGUGCGGUCUCAACCUGAAGAUGCGAGGUCACUUCUGGGUGGGAGAGGAGAUGUUCUGUGAGAAGCAUGCCCGCGAGAAUUACCAGGGCCUUGGCACUGCCCCCCGUGCCACCGUCUCACCUCGCCACUGAGGCUCAAAGCAAUAGACCAUGGGCUGGGGAACGAGAGUGGGAGGGCCAACACAUCAGAGGUUGUGCCUUUUCCAUAGCAUUUAACUAUUCUCUCCAGUUUUCUAAUUCAGUUACAAUGAGAUUUGUAUGGAACUUUUCUUUUCCCAGGCCCUCCCGGUUUAGCCCUUACAGCUGUACAUUAGCGAUAAAAAUACACCUAUAUUGGGCGGCAGGCAGCCUAGUGGUUAGAGCGUUGGACUAGUAACCGAAAGGAAUCCCCGAGCUGACAAUGUAAAAAACUGUCGUUCUGUCCCUGAACAAGGCAGUUAACCCACUGUUCCUAGGCCGUCAUUGAACAUAAGAAUUUGUUCUUAACUGACUUGCCUAGUUAAAUAAAGGUAAAAAAAAUUGAUAUAAUAAAGUAAAUAAACAUCUCAUUCAGACAACUUAGUUGGCUACACUUGCCACAUUUACACCAACUUAUUACACAACAGAACUGGUAUAUGAAUCAGAUCAAUGACAGACAUUUUAAUCCUUUAAACAGCUUUGAGACUCCUGCUGACCCGUUCGGAGGAAGGGAAACAAACUCUUAAUUUGAAUUCCAAGGCAUUUGAAAGACAGAAGACAUACACAUACAAAGGGAGAACUUUCAUCUGUGUCAAAGUUUGUACUGUAUUUGUGUGUGUGCUUGCGUGCAUGUGUUUGUGGAAUUCAACUUGAGCAAGAGUUUCGAUCAUUCCUUUUGAAGUGAUGGUUUAAGUGCCUGCGUUGCUGCCAUCUCCCCCUGCUAUUGGGAUCACUAUUGAAAGGUUUCAGUGGAUUCAGCUUUAGAAUGUCAGGCCGAGACUGUUGUUUGCUUUUGCGUCGUGGUAGCACAUCAGUUUAGUUGGAAUUAUGAAAUGUGUAUUUGCUUUAUUGCUUUUUUUUUUUAAAUAAGGGAAUAUAAAGAUGUGAUAUAAAUAAAAACAUUUUUGUGAA